AUGUAUCCACCCCAGUAUGAAUCAUGGUUCCCCGCUGAGUCUCAAGCAUCCACCGAGUCUCAAGCAUCCGACUCACAAAGCAGUUACACCUCUCCAACCUUUGACUAUGAUCAAUUUGAGCCAUACCACAUGUUCAGUCCUUCUCAAUGGACAUAUAACCCCAGUCUUAGUCUGAUCGACAUCAAUUCACAUUCUGAUACCUUUAAUUGUGAUAGCCCAGCUCCUGUCGAUACCCCAGUCCUCUUCUCUUCCAUCAAUCAGACAGGAACAGGAACCGAAGCACCCGAAGCACCUGAAGCUGCUCAUUCCGAUGAUUCCCACAUGUUGGCACUUGAUAUUGACGCCUUGCUUAAAUCAAAUACCCCCAGUGAUCUCCUUCAACUAUUUUCGGCAAACUUAAUCAAACAACACCCUCGUGCCAAUGCAACAUCCUUGUUGCUUGAUCAAUCCGUCCCCCCCACCAUUUCACCCCCUGAAUCCGCACUCCCUCCUCUCAUUGAUCUCUUAAUGGCAGGGAUGGCUCCAACAACUGCAACCCCGACAUUCCCAGAUGCCUCUGCAAUUGAGGGUCUCCUGUUUGAAUACAAUCAAGUUGUUCAUCCAGAGGAUCCAGAUGUGUCUGGCAAAAUUGUGGACCCGGGUGAUCCAGGCAACCUUGUCCCAGAAUACGACUCUUCAGAUGACAUGGAUGUUGAGGUGGAUGUUAAGGUUGAAGCAUCUUCUGAGGAGGUUGACAUGACUAUAUAA